AUGCAUAUCUACACAAUCACUCUUUUCCCAUCUGAGUAUGAAAAAGAGUAUGUCAUUGAACUGAAUGAAGGUGCUAGUGAGGAUGCGUCGAGGAGUGUUAGUUAUAGUGUCACAAUUCAUUUGGCUAAGUCACUGAAAAUGCAAGAGUUGAAGGACUAUUACAAUGGAGAACAAAGUUAUGUUUCUCAGGAUAUUUUACAUGCAAUUAAUGUUGUCGUGAGAGCAUUAUCUUCAAGCUGUCUCAAUGCUCCAAGGGCAAUGUUUUCAACCAAGUUUGGUCCGAUAAUAGACACUAAAGAGGGGCUCGAGCUUUGGCAGGGGUGCUACAAGGGAGUUUGCUUGUCACAUUAUGGUCUUGAUUUGACCAUAGAUACAACUGUAGCACCUUUUUAUAAAUCAAUUUCCAUGGUCAAGUUUGUGGGUGAAUUUUUGGGCCGAACUGACUUCAACCGGGCUUUCUCUCAUAAAGAGUAUGCAAAGAUAGAAAGAGCUUUGAAAGGGGUCCAAGUUGAAACUAUCCAUCAUACUGAUAGAACUAUGAAGUACAGAAUUAAAGGGCUUAGUGUUGUCCCUUUGAAAGAGCUCAUGUUUUCUGUAGAUGAUGAUGGUAUCAUGACCACCGUUGUUGAUUAUUAUCAGAGUCGGUAUAAUUGCAAAUUGGAAUAUAUUCACUGG